UCGAUCGUUAAUAUACUUUAAUGUAGAAAUAAAAUAUUUAUUUAAAAUAAUUAUAGAAAAACUGAAAAUGUCUCUCUCUCUCUCUCUCUCUCUGUCUCUGUACAGUAGCUUCUGAUUUCACUUUUACUUUUAUCCGUUUUACCAACACUGCUCGUACAGCUUUCGUUAUUCCUUCUGCUGGUUUUCUUUCUCUAUUCAUUAAUUGAUUACUUAUCGGGCAUAAUUUAUGCUUAAGUUAUUUAUAGAUUGUAUCGCAAUUUUUUAAAACAAAAUUUUAAUUUAGGCCGCUACUAUAUUGGUCGUAUUCUAUCAGUCACUUGCAUUCUGUAUCUUGUCUGCGGUAAAGACGCGGUAAAAGUAUAGGUUAAUAACAUGAAGCAACAAGGACUGAUACUUGGUUUAUCCUUCAUUAUACAAAAAUAGCAACGAAAUGAAACAUGAUUAAUUAAUAUCUGUGAAUUGAUCGUUUUUAAUAACAUAUCAAAUAAAUCUUGUAAACAGCCUAUCAGUCAAAGGACUGAUAUUGUAUUGAAUUUAAUUAAGAUACAUUAUUUAGAAAAAUGCCAGAUAUCAAAGUAACCCCUUUGGGGGCUGGUCAAGAUGUUGGAAGGAGCUGCAUUCUUGUAUCAAUGGGUGGAAAGAACAUUAUGUUGGAUUGUGGCAUGCACAUGGGAUUCAAUGAUGAAAGACGAUUCCCAGAUUUUUCAUACAUAAUCCCUGAAGGACCAACGACUAAUUACAUAGACUGUGUGAUUAUAUCACACUUUCAUUUAGAUCAUUGUGGUGCCCUCCCAUACUUUACAGAAAUGGUAGGGUACACUGGUCCAAUUUAUAUGACGCAUCCAACAAAGGCCAUUGCACCAAUCUUACUCGAAGAUAUGAGAAAAGUUGCAGUAGAACGUAAAGGAGAAAGCAACUUCUUUACGUCACAAAUGAUAAAAGACUGUAUGAAAAAGGUUAUUGCUGUUACAUUGCAUCAAUCUGUGAUGGUUGAUUCGGAAUUGGAAAUAAAAGCAUAUUAUGCAGGACAUGUACUUGGUGCUGCAAUGUUUUGGAUUCGAGUUGGCUCACAAUCAAUCGUUUAUACUGGGGAUUACAAUAUGACUCCUGAUAGGCAUUUAGGUGCUGCUUGGAUAGAUAAAUGUAGACCAGACUUAUUAAUAUCAGAGUCAACAUAUGCAACAACUAUCAGAGAUUCUAAAAGAUGUAGGGAAAGAGACUUCUUAAAGAAAGUUCAUGAAUGCAUAGACAGAGGUGGCAAAGUAUUAAUUCCUGUAUUUGCUCUUGGACGUGCACAAGAAUUAUGUAUAUUAUUAGAAACAUAUUGGGAGCGAAUGAAUUUAAAAGUUCCUGUAUAUUUUGCUUUAGGAUUAACUGAAAAGGCGAAUAAUUAUUAUAAAAUGUUUAUUACUUGGACUAAUCAAAAAAUUAAGAAAACUUUUGUGCAAAGAAAUAUGUUUGAUUUUAAACAUAUAAAACCAUUUGAUAAAGCAUAUAUUGAUAAUCCCGGAGCUAUGGUAGUAUUUGCUACACCGGGCAUGUUGCAUGCAGGAUUAUCUUUACAAAUUUUUAAGAAAUGGGCUCCAAACGAAGCAAAUAUGGUUAUUAUGCCUGGAUUUUGCGUUCAAGGCACUGUUGGACAUAAAGUUUUAAAUGGUUCUAGAAGAAUUGAAUUCGAAAACAGACAGAUUGUCGAAGUCAAAAUGGCAGUAGAAUAUAUGUCUUUCUCUGCACAUGCAGAUGCAAAAGGUAUUAUGCAAUUAAUACAAUAUUGUGAGCCAAAAAAUGUUAUGCUUGUACAUGGAGAAUUUGCUAAAAUGGAGUUUUUAAAAGAAAAAAUAAAACAAGAAUUUGGAACAAAUUGUUACAACCCUGCAAAUGGAGAAACUUGUGUUAUCACAACCAUUGCCAAAGUGCCAGUAGACGCUUCUUUAGCAUUAUUAAAGUCUGAAGCCAAAAGAUAUUCGGCUUUGCCGCCAGAUCCUAAACGACGAAGAUUACUUCACAGUGUUUUAAUGUUACGAGAAGACGGAGUAUGUCUUGUGGACGCAGAUGAAGUGACAAAAGCUGCAGGUAUAACUAAACAUAUAGUACGAUUUACAUCCACUGUACAAGUAAGGGACCCUGGUCCAGCACAUUCGACGACUUUAAAAUUAUUACAACCACUGAAAGAGAGAUUAUCAGGUUGGACAGUUCAAUUAACAGAUGGAUCAAUAUCUGUCGAAUCUGUUUUAGUAAAAGUAGAAGGUGAUGAAGAUGAUCAAAAAAGCGUGUAUGUUUCAUGGACAAAUCAAGAUGAAGAUUUGGGUAGUUACAUUCUAGGAUUCUUACAAACUAUGCUAAACUAAGCAAUGAUCUGAUGAUUAAAUGUGUUAAAAACAAAAAUAAUCAGUUACUUAAUUGGUACAUAAUGGAUCUUAAGACCUUUUGUAACCUGUGAUACUACUAUGGCGAAUAAAGUGUAUAUAGGUAUAAAUUAUAAAUUCUAUAUGUAUUUAUAUACUAUUCAUCACAGAUUAAGUCAUUAAUUAAUUUUAAAAAAUGCAUUAGAAUAAUUGCGUUGUAUUGUAUUUUAUCGUGUUGUAUUGUACUAUUAUAAUUGUGAAUAUUUGUAGAUUAAAAAUAUCUUUUUCAUUAUAGUAUCGUAUAUGAAUUAUCUAGUUACUUAUAAAGAAUAAAUAUCAUUUUUUACUCCUUUUUGUACUUUAAGCUAAAUACCAUUAAAAAAAUAGUAUUACUGUAUUUUUUAUGAUAUUACCAAAAACUGAAGAAAUGUAUUGAAUAACCAUUAUAGCAGGUAUUUGGUUAAAAUUAUUUGAUUGAAGGUAUUUUAUCCUGAAACUUGGGGUUGUUAUAAAAUGUGAAUAAAUAAUUUACAUCGUUCACUAUAAUUACAAAUUAUUAUUGAAAUUUGUAUAUUGCGUAACGUGAAAUAAAACAAUAAUCUUAUUACGUACUUUACUAAAUGUAAAAUAUAAAUAAGUACUAUGUGUGUUAAACCUUACACAAUUUUGUAAAUAAACGAAACAAUGAUACUUUAAGAAACAAAUGUUUAAUAUAUUAUAAAUAGAGUAUUAUCACCUAUUUCAUGUCUUGUAACGUAGAUUAUAAUAAAAAUUAUGUUGUUUUGUAAAAUAAACUAACACAUAAAAACUUUAACAAACGCUCUUUUAAAUGCCCCAUUUACAUAUGGUCUACUCUAUAUCAUUGUUCAAAUUUGUAAUACUUACAAAUUAUUUAAAACACAAAUUUGUUAAUAUAAUUUGUAUACUUCUUUAUAUUGUAAUAUAUUCAAAACAUCUUGUUCGAACACAUUUUUGAACAGAUUUAUGAGUUCACUAGAGUUGAUUUAUUAAAUUUUUCUCAUAUUUUACGAAAUUAAUUACUUGUUCGUGAAUUUGCCUUAUGAAGCCACGUAUUGAAUUCUCUCUAUAUACUUUUAUACUAAUGAUCACACGGACAUAUUUAUUGCACAUUAAUUCAUUAACAAUUACAGCUUUGUAUACAAAUUCUUUAACAAUAUGAAAAUAAUCUAAGACUCUGCUAAUUGUUCGCUAUUUAUUUAAAAAAAUUUACGUAAAAAUACUUGCGUUACCUACUCAAAAUUAGAAUUCGUGCGUUCCAUUAGGCGUACAUUUAUACAUAUGUACGUACAUUUUAUUCUAUAAAUGAUUUUAUGAAUAAUAAAUUUUAAAUAAACUAUGAAGGCUUCAAACAUACCUGAUGAACAUGCUUUAUGUAACAGAAAUAAUAUUUAAACAAUAACUACUACUGUUCUGUAAUUUACAAUGCAUGAUUUUAAUAAUUUUUGAAUUAUGCUUUUUUUAUAUCUAUUAAUUGUGUAAUUGUGACAAACAGCAGUUUCAUUAUUUCUUAGUGUCUAACUACAAAGUUCAUUAUUUAUAUUUCUUUCCAUAUAAUAAAAUAAUAUAUUCUUUCCAUAAGAAACAUUAUUCAUCAUAUUUCCAUCGUGAUAUUAGUCUUCUCAAUAGCAAAAUUUACCAUUGAUGUUUAUGUAGUAUUGGAGCAUAUGUAAUUUCUCGUGUAUUUUCUUUAUCAAUUAUCUGGUGUCGUGCUGCGUUAACGCAGCUUGUUCUUUAAAGUUAUUUUUUUCUUGAACCACCC